UACACGCCUGUUGCGCGUCCAUGGAGCAAUGGCUCGCGCACUCAACUGAAAUACUGAACGACGGGUUCACAGCUGGGACUAAGAAGGGAACAUUUUGCCUCAAGAAUGCAACAAUGUGCAGACAAUGAAGUAGCACAUGAGCGGACACCAAACAGUCAACAUUAAUUUGCAGCGACACGUGCGCUACGACCUCGUGAAAAACUAAUACUAGUUCAUAAGCUCUGAUGGAUACUGCGGAAAUUAAUCAGCAGAACCGUCUGAUUCCUGCCUAGAUAGUCGUCUUGUGUGGCUUUUUGAGCGUCAAGUGGAGCGCAUCUGUCAACAGUCCAGUGCUCUCAAAGGUGAAGCGCGCUGUCAGUCAGAAUCAUCAUCAUCAUCAUCAUCAUCAUCAUCUGUACCAAAUCAUGAAGCUGAUGCGCCGGGCUGCGCUGAGGUGUUAAAUAAAGGAGACUAACGGAUACAUGAAAUGCUCUUACCUCAAGAAAUCCAGCACUGACUCAAAAUAACUUUUCUAAGUAUCCCUAACGAUGUUUUCCGAGCAGGCUGAUUUAAAUCUCAGCUUUAACAUGAGCGAGGAAGACCGGUUAACUCUUCUGGAUGAGGACUGGAGCGACUCGCCAGUGAAGACGCUCUCACGCGCGGGCUUCAUCGUCCUGUCAGUGUUCCUGGGAUUCAUCAUGACUUUCGGCUUUUUCAAUAACUUUAUCGUAUUAGUCCUCUUCUGUAAGUUUAAGACGCUCAGGACGCCAGUUAACGUGCUGCUUCUCAACAUUAGCGUCAGUGACAUGCUGGUGUGUAUAUUCGGGACGACCCUGAGCUUCGCGUCCAGUGUGCGGGGACGGUGGCUGCUCGGACGGCGCGGCUGCAUGUGGUACGGCUUUAUCAACUCCUGCUUCGGCAUCGUAUCUCUGAUAUCCUUGGUGGUUCUUUCUUACGACCGCUACAACACAUUGACGGUGUACCAUAACCGUGGUCCAGACUAUCGCAAACCUCUUCUGGCAGUGGGGGGUUCGUGGCUCUACUCUUUGAUCUGGACGGUGCCCCCUCUUCUGGGCUGGAGUAGUUAUGGGCUGGAGGGUGCAGGAACCAGCUGCUCUGUAUCAUGGACCGAGCGUACCACCCAGUCUCAUGCCUACAUCAUCUGUCUGUUUCUGUUCUGCUUGGGCAUACCAGUGCUCAUCAUGGUCUACUGCUAUGGGAGAUUGCUGUAUGCUGUCAAACAGGUAGGAAAGAUACGCAAGACAGCAGCGCGGAAACGGGAAUACCAUGUUUUGUUCAUGGUUAUCACCACCGUGGUGUGCUACCUUCUGUGCUGGAUGCCAUAUGGUGUCGUGGCCAUGAUGGCUACAUUUGGCCGGCCAGGAAUCAUCUCACCGGUGGCCAGCGUGGUGCCCUCUCUCCUCGCCAAGAGCAGCACGGUCAUCAACCCGCUCAUAUACAUCCUGAUGAACAAACAGUUCUACAGGUGUUUCCGCAUCUUGUUCUGCUGUCAGAGGCGCUUGAUGCAGAACGGUCACUCCUCCAUGCCCUCCAAGACCACAGUUAUCCAGCUCAACCGUAGAGUCGUCAGUAACACUAUUGCCUGCACCGCUCAGAUCUCCACUGGCAUCCACAACCAUGACUGCAGCAUUCCUGCCACAGAGAGGACCAACCCGCCAGAGGUCAUCACCUAACCUGAUCCAUCCCAGCAGCCAUGUUGUGAAGCCUGCCUUGUUGUACUGAAUGUAGCUUUUCAGUGGCAUAUAUAUUUCACUGCUGAGUAGUCAGGUCUUUUGCUGUGCAUGAAGAACCUUGGGUGCUCUCACUUUGCAGUAAAAAAAAAAAAAAAACACACUUGAAAAAUACCAGAGGC